AUGGCACCACCUCUUCCAGCAGAUUGUCUUGAUGGAAUAUUACAACAUUUACAUGACGAUGCUGGAUCUUUAUUUUCAUGUAUGUUGGUAAAUAGACUUUGGUGUAAAAGUGUUGUUCCAAUUUUAUGGAGUAAUCCAUGGCAAAGUAGACAACUUCUUAUUGAUUCAACUCCUCGACCAUUUAUUGUACGAACACUUUUAUCUUGUUUAUCUGAAGAAUCAAAACAAAUUUUUAAAAAAAAUGGAAUAGUAUUUUCAACUCAAACCUCUAGAUAUCCAUUAUUUGAUUAUGUUGGAUAUUGUCAAUAUUUAUCACCUUCGGUUAUUGAUAUUGUAAAAAAGGAAACAGUUGGUGAUAAUAAUGAAUCAGAUUUACCAAGAACAUAUAGAGAAACUUUAGUAGAACAAGAAUUUUAUAAGAUGUUUAUGGCACGAACUUAUUUAAAAUCUCUUGUAUUACCGAAAAUUCCUUUAUCCUAUUGUCCAGGUGCAAAUGUAUGUUUAGAGAAAUUACGUGAAUUAAAAUGUCAUACAGAUUGUUCACCAGAGUUAUAUUAUGGAUUAGCUCAGAUAUCACGUAACAUUUUAAAACUUAAUAUUUAUCCAUGUGAUGAAGAUAAUGAAGGACUUAUAGCUUUAAUUAAAUUACAAAAUGGAUUACAAUCAUUAGUAUUAAAAUCAUCAGAGAAUUUUGUUAGUGAAUGUCCUAGAAUGGGAUUUGCAUUAAAAACACAAGCGCACUCUUUAAAAUAUAUAAAAAUUAGAAAAAGUCUUUGUAUUUCACCAACAAUCCUUUCAUCAUUCGUUAAUUUAAGAAUUCUUCAACUUGAUUUAACCACAAGAAUUCAUAAUAUGGAACAAUUCGCUAAUAUAUAUUUACCAAAAUUAGAAAUUCUAGAUAUUUUUAGGGAUGAGAAUACACCAUUUAAUAUUUAUAUUAGAUUUAUAGAAAAUGUCUCACAAAGAAUUCAACGUAUUUAUUGGGAAUCAAUUAGUUUACCAAAAAAUUCUUCAGAGAUAAGGAAAUAUCUUCAAGUACUUUCAUUAUCAAGUGCGACACUUAAAUUUAUUACAAUAUGGUGGGAUGAAGAUUGUAUGGACAUUCUUUAUCAUUUACUUAUAUCAUGUCAUAAAUUAGAAGCAAUACGUAUAUGUUGCCCAAUAGAAGAAGAAUUAUCAAAUAAAGGAAAUAAAAUAUUUGAAAUAUUGAAAAAAGCAGCCCCCAGAAAUUUAAGUAUAUUAAAUUUACAUAUUAAAUGGGCAUAUUCAGAUAUAGUAUUACAAGAUUUUUUGGAAUCAUGGAGAGACAAAAAUCAAAUUUCAUUAUAUUUACCAUAUGAAAUUAAAUUAUUAAUUAAUUGUGAUGUAAUUAUUAGAAGAUAUCGAGAAGAAGGAGUUCUGAAAGAUUUUCAAUAUGUGGAAGAUACUUUGUACAAUGUUUAUUCUUUAAGAGAUUUAUGGAAUCAUAAUAUUUAG